AUGGACAAUUACAGCGAGAUAUUCACCGUAACCCGACCGGACGAUCAGCCUCCGCCGACUUCGAAGGAUCGAUUUGUAUUCAAAAAUAGGACGAGAUUCAUUAUUCUGCUCAUAGCUACGCUAUGUCUGUCGAUUGCUCAAAGCGAUACGCUCACGCUGAAUUUUACGAUUAUAUGUAUGGCUGGGGAUCCGGUGGAUAUCAGCCGGUAUAAUGUAUCCGGAACGAUCCACGAGACUGAGAAUGGCACUUACAUUGAGGAAGGCAGCAGCACACAUUUACUGGAGUAUGAUGCAGCUGUACUAGCCCGAAAUCACUAUGCUUAUUCACCUAAUGAGAAGAAUGUGCUAUUCUCAAUUGUUGCCGUUGGAGCUAUGGUGGCUGUAUAUCCGGUGAUGUGGUUGAUUCAAAGAUUCGGUUCUCGAACUGUGGUGAGCUGCUUCGGGUACUUCUCUGCGCUAUGCACGGCUCUCACUCCACUUUGUGCACAUCUGGGUUUCUACUGGAUGGUCGUGAUGCGAUUUUUACAGGGAACUGGCCUUUCUACUGGAUUCACUCUUAUCGGUAUAGUUACCCGACAGUGGUCAAUGCAGAAGCAGAGUGCAUUUUACAUUGCAUUUUUGACGUGCUUCUUCCAGAUUGCUCCCAUAUUUACAAUGCCAGUUGCUGGUGAGCUUUGCACUUCAUCUCUUGGAUGGCCUUGGGUGUACUACUUACAUGCUAUCAUUACUGUCAUCUUAUUUAUGUUAUUCCACUAUUUUUACAGGGAGCAACCCGAUUGUCAUUCGUUUGUAUCCGUGAAAGAGUUGGAUCGAAUUAAGCGCGGAAAAGGAGAUACAUCGAAGAGAGAGCCAGUACCAGUAAAGGCGAUUAUAACUACCAAUGCAAUUAUUGCCGUUUGGAUAACUGCACUGGGCAACUUCAUGGGUAUUCAAGUCACAAUGCAAUUCUCACCUACAUAUCUCAACAAGGUCAUGGGUUUUCCAGUGGAACAGACGGGUAUUUUCAGUGCGAUCCCACAGAUUAUGACGUUUGUGCUGAAAAUGUUUGCUGGUGUGCUUGCAGACAAAGCAACAUGUUGUCGACCUGUGACAUCUGUCAAAAUUUUCAAUAUGAUUGGCAUUGGUGGCAUGGGAAUAGCAUUCUUUGUGCUCGCAUUUAUACCUACAUCUAUGCCUGUUUUUGGUCUCGUAGUGCUCAUCUUCUGCUGUUCGAUCGUCGGCUUCAACUGUGGUGCAUUUUUCAGAAGUUCAGCUAUCGUUGCCGCGCAACACAAUCACUUCGUCAUGGGUGUGAACUCGUUUAUCAACUGCUUGUCGGCUCUUCUAGCACCCGUGGUCGUAAAUAUUUUCGUACGCAAUGACACUUGGGAUGAGUGGUGGUGGGUCUGGAUCGUUCAUGGUAUAAUCAUGACAGUAUGCAACAUCUACUUCGUAAUUUUCGGCAAAGGUGAACCAGCUGAAUGGACGAAACCCGGUUUUGGCAGGGUACAUCCCAGCGCUCCAGCUCUUGGCACCCCGCCAAGAUCUCAUCCGAGAGAUGGGCGUUUUUCCCUGCGUUUGAACGAUAAGAUCUCCGUCUCUGUCCAAACAAUUGGUGUGGAACGCUGUGACACUUGCCGUAUCAAUCCGCGCUCCCUGGACAAUUGUGACGACAAAGCUGACAUAUCGCCAAUUUUACCACCAAGACGAAAAGUUCGACAACCGAUUGAAUUCGAGAAAUAUCUAAAUGCUGAGACAGAAAAGGUUCACAUAUCACCCAAGGAAAAUUUACGCAAGAUCAUCAUCCCAGAGGAGCAAGUGGAUGAUGUAUAG